AUGAGUAGCGAAGCGACACAACAAUAUAAAAAAGCUGACACCAAAAUGCAAAUAAAUCCUGAAAGAGAAUUAUCACCAGUUAUAUUUUUAGCACAAGCGUCCGGAUGGGAAUCUCCCGUAUCCUUAAGGAAUGAAAAAUCUCCAACUCCAACUAAUAAUUUGGAGUCUCACUAGUACUUUUCUGAAAAAUCUAAAUCAGUUACUCCAUUUUCCCCAUAGAUAAAAGGUGUGUUGAAAAAUAAAUAGGACACUCCUUUAAAUUCUGCUUCAACAGCUAGCUAAAGUUUAAAAAUUAGCGAGUCUAGCUCGCCAUAGAAUGUAAAUAAACUUCUCAAUAACUUUUUAAGCACAAGGAACUCUUCAAAUUAGGAUAAAAAAAUAGAUUUUAGCAGCUUUAGUAAUUAUUAAUAGCCAGAUGAUAUGAAAGAAUAAAUUUCAUCUAAAAUCCAGCACAGAAAAUUACCUUCAGAUAUAUCUUACACAUAAAGUAAUAAACCAAGCAACAAAUAUUCAGAUUAUGAGUACAAAAAGUAAAUAGUAAAUUCUCUUUGCAACAAAAUUUAAGAAUAAAGUAAGAAAAUCGAGUACUAAGAGAGCUAGAUGUAGAACUAGAAGAAAUUGGACAAAGAGAGGUAGUAAGAAGUAAAAGAUUUAUAAAAUCUCUACUAAAAGUAAAAAAUCAUCAUAGAAUAAUAAUUGGAAUUAGAGAAUACCUAUAAAAGGAAAAUAGACGACUUGUAAAAUGAACUUUCUUCAAAAAAGAAUACAAUCGAGUGUUUAAAAAUAGAUCAUUUACAAGAAUUGCAAUCAAUUUAUGAAAAAAAUUAGUAAGAAGUUGCUUCUCUGAGACAAUCUAUGGUAGCUAACAAUCCUUCUAAUUAUGAAAGUGUAGGAAAAUCAAGUUAAUCUGGUUAAACUGCUCAAUAAUAACUGUAAAAUUUCAACUCAACUAUCACAGUCAAGAGCCAAAUUAUGGAAGACUCAAUAAACCUAAUAAAAAACAAAAAGAAUUUAGAAGUGUAAGAAUUGCUUCAAAAAUUACAGAAAAUAGAUUAAAAUACUGCCAACUUAAUGAGUUAUGAGAGAGAAGAAAAAGCAUAUCUUCAUUAAAGAGUGAAAGAGUUGAAUCUAAAAAUCAUAGAAUUAGAGUAAUAAGCUUUGAAGAAAGAGGAAUGGUGUUAGAUACAAAUUAAUUAAGAAAGUGAUAAGAUUUAUAAAUUUUUUGAAAAAGAGAGCUCAAAACAAGAUUAAAUACUUAAUGAGUAGAAAGAAACUCUUAAGAUUACUUAUGAGGAGCAAAUAAAGCAGAUUUAGGAAAUGCUUAAAAAGUAAAAGAAUCGCAACAAAGAUAUGGCUAGCGAACUAAAGUAGUAGAUUUAAGAAAACGACAAAUUAAUUGAAAAACAAAAAGAAAUCGAAUAACAAAACUAGCAUUUAACAUAAGUUAAUCUAGUAUUAAAGAAUUAAAACAUUGAAUUUUCAACUAUAAUAGCAAACCAAAAACAAAAAAUAAACAGCAACAGUGAAGAAAUUGGAUUGUUAAAUAACUAAAUAUCAAAUAAUUAGAAUGAAAUUAAAUUACUUUAGUUAAAAAAUGCUUCUUUGGAUGGAUAACUUAAAGAGAUAGGUUCUUAAAGAAUUGAGCAUUUAGAAAUAAGGUAAAAAUAUGCUAAUUUAUUAAAAGAAUAUGAAAGCAUAAACUCAAAAUUUUAAGAGUAAAAUAAGAUAUUUUUAGAACUCUAGGCAGAUAAUUAAAUUCUCUAAGACCAAUUAAAUCACUUUAGAUCAAAUAAAUUGGGUGACUAAAUAGAAUAAUUUAAGCGUGGUUGCACAGAAGAUGAGUUAAAAUUUAAAAUAUAACAUUUAGAGAAAGUUCUGGAGGAGAAGGAAAUUUACAUAAGAGAAUUAAUAGAAAUAUAAAAUCUAAGUACAGAAAACAUAAAUAAGAAAUCAGCAGAUUAUUUGGCUUAGCAAAAAGAAUUGGUUGAGCAGUAGGAAUAGCUUAAAUAAUAAAAUUAUUAGCUUUAAAUAGAGCUAGAAAAACUAAAAACUCAAUAUAAAUAAUUAGAAAACUAGCAUUUAGAAACACUAACUACCCAAAGAGAAGAAAUAAACAAUCUGUAUAUCUAGUUACAAGUAAUUUUAUUCAAUUUAAAUAUCAAAAAUUUAUUUUCGUUUGAAAAAAGAAAUAAUAGAUUGAGUCAAAAGGAGAGGAUUCUGAGCUUAGAGUUGCAUAAGAUUAAAUUUUAAAGCAAAAAAGUGAGUUUUCUAAGCUAAAAACUAAUUUUAAUAUGCUUCAAGUAGAAAAAGAAAGACUUGAAUUCUAAAUUGAAGAACUCAAACUAGAUAAUCAAAGAGCUGAUAUUUUAUAAGAAUAAAACAAUCAUUAUAAAUAGCAAUCUGAAGAACUCCUAGAUAAAAUUGAGAUUCAAUCCAAACAAAUUAUGCAAUAACAACAAACUAUUAUGUCAUUAGAAGAAGCUCUCUCCUAAAUGCACGUCAUAUGAUUUUAUUGAUUGCUUUUCAAUAUAGAGUUAAUUUAUUCCAAUCAUUCAUUAAAUAUUUAAAUUAUUUUAUUAUAAAAAAAAAUGUAAUUAAUUUUAAACUUCAUUUUUAUAUGUUGUCGUAUUUAUUUUCUUUAAACUUAAUUAAAAUAUUUUUAAAAAAUCUAUUUUAUUUUAAAAGUUCAAUUAAAUUUUCUUAAUUUUUCAUUAAAAUCUGUUAAUUAUUUAUGUUAUUUAUUUACAAUUUUAUUUUUAAAAAUUUAAAUAAUAAUUUAAAUUUAAUGGAAUUGGAAAUGACCUUUUUUAUUUAAUUAAGUUGUAGAAGUUAAAUUAAAAAUAUAACUAAAAUCUAAUAACUAAUUAUGUUGUUGAUAUUCAAUUUAUAAAAAUAAUCCGUUUUAAAACUUUAUUUUAUUGA